AUGCGCGACGCGCGCGCGCGCGUCCGGAGCGCCUCGUCGCCGCGAGCGCGCGGUGCGGUGGUGAAGGUGAAGCAAGCGCGCAAGCCGUUGGUCGGGUACGAAGCGCCGGACUUCAGCGCCGAAGCCGUCUUCGACCAAGAGUUCCAAGACAUCAAGCUCAGCGAUUACCGAGGCAAGUACGUGGUGUUGUUCUUCUACCCGCUCGAUUUCACCUUUGUGUGCCCGACGGAAAUCACCGCGUUCUCUGAUCGUUACGAAGAGUUCGCCAAGCUCAACACCGAAGUUCUCGGCUGCAGCGUCGACUCCAAGUUUUCCCACUUGGCGUGGUUGCAAACGGACCGCAACGACGGCGGUCUCGGCGACUUGGCGUACCCGCUCGUGAGCGACCUUAAGCGCGAAAUCACCGAGGCUUACGACGUCCUUUACGAAGACGGCACCGCGCUCCGUGGUUUGUACAUCAUCGAUCGCGAAGGCGUCAUUCAGCACAGCACCGUCAACAACGCUCCGUUUGGCCGCUCCGUCGACGAAACGCUGCGCGUGCUUCAAGCCAUCCAGCACGUGCAAAACAACCCGGAUGAAGUCUGCCCGGCGGGCUGGACCCCGGGUGCGGCGACGAUGAAGCCGGAUCCGAAGGGUUCCAAGGAAUACUUCAAGGCCAUCUAA